AUGGGCAGGAGCCGUUGCAAGAACGCUGGAAUGAAGGAAAUUUUGGCACAAUUAAAGCACAUGAAGAAGGAAAACCCAUUAAUAUUUCGUGAACUACGCAGUUCAUUUAAUAUCGCUAUGAUGAAAUUGGAUAGGAGAGUGACUAACAUUGAAAGGGUUGAGUCGCUGCUUGCUCUUAAAUGUGGAAAGCUGGGUAAAUUUGCGCUUGCUUUAGAAAAAGAUGUCUUUGCUGGUGAAGAGUCCGAGUUAUUACUGAAUGUCGAAGGUCGAAGAAGUUCGGGGGAUAAAAUCAAUUUCGUCAGAAGCGUCAUUUUCAAGUAUUUUGUUGUAUCCGUGCAUUCCGAGCAAAGUGUAUGGCAAACUGCCAACAAUGCCUUGACGGAAAGGCAAGAACGCUGA